AUGUGGCCGUCCGCCUCCAAUCAUGAUCCAGGUUCUAUAGGAGUUUUAAUGAUUCAUUGAAAAUUAGGGGAAUUUUUUUUUGAAUUUCAUAAUGUUGUGAUUACUUGGUACUGGUGGAAAAUUCUGGCCUUUUGACUGUAAAAUUCGUUUUUUUCAUUAUUUAUCUUAGAAAUAUCAGAGUGUUCCCUAUAGGGGUUAGGAUGUAAAACAACUUUCAUAGGAGCCGAAAAAUUGGUCCCUAUAGGGGUAAAAUUAAGGUGGUCCUGGAAGGGGUUUAGGGUCCGGCCCCUUAGCCCCUAAAGUGGUCCCUUAGGGGGUUCCUAGAGCGAAUUAAUGUCGGACCUCUUAGUCCCUAAAACUCAAAAAAAAAAAGCCUAGAGGGGUCUUUCAACUUCCUUCAAAAACGCUAAUUUAUUCAGUUUUUUCCAUGGAAAUGCUUCUUCGCUUAGAGUUCAUAUUAAUGGUCGACUAGCAUGCCCCCUAUAGGGGCCACUAAUUAAAACCCUUCCAGGGACCGCUUUUGAAAUCUUUAGUGACCCCUACAGGGGUUGGAAAAAUGGUCUUUAGAGGGGACACUAAGGAUGCCACUAUAGAGAUCACUCUGAGGUCCCUAGGUACUUAUUAGUAACCUUGCUCACUUUAAAGCUAUUUUCAAGCUCUUUUGUGCACUUUUCGAAACUAUUUUGUAUGAAAAACGAUUAUUUUCGAGUUUUCUGCUUGAGAUUAGUCAUGAAAAGACAAGCAUGAAAAUUAAAAAAGGUGGAAAUUAUAAGAAGAACGAAAAAAUUCAUUUUUUUUCUAACUAUCUGUUCAGCUUUUUUGAAGAAAAAUGAAAAAUAAAGGCAAAAAACAUCAAAAGAAUUGUCCAAUUAGUCUCAAAUAAAAAAAAAGGAAACUCCAGAUGAGAUAGUUCGAACUUUGGACGGCGUCUACGGGUACCGCUCAAGCCAGGCGACGUCUUCGACAGCCCAGUCCCACGGACGAUAUUCACUCGAUAGUGGAAUCUCCGGUUUCAAUGACAGUGUUUUAAGUGUGAGUUUCGACUUCAAUGGUCUUGUCAUAACAUUCUUUUAAUUUGGCAUGCUAUAAAGUGCGGACGUUCCUAAAAUGCGACCGCUUUUUUUGUUUGCUCCACUUCAAAUUUAUGAAAUACGGGCGUUUCUUAACCAAUUCUGGGAAUUUUUCAAACUUUUUUUUUUCUAUCUUCCCCUUUGGAAAAUAGAUUCAAUAACGUACUACGGCAAAAUUAAUGAAUUCAUUUCGAUAAGUUUUUUUUGAUUGGUUGAAAAAAUAAGGCUUCUCAUGAAGAAUUUUUAAAACGAUUUUAGUUCGUAAUUCUGUAAUAAACAAGAAAUCAGGUGGAAAAAAAAUUGAAGAUGGGACAGAAUAAAUCUUGAAAAAUUGUUUAAAAAACAAUAUUGUCGAAAAAUAGAAAAAAAGGCACCACUAUCCUGAUUAGAAAAAAAUUUAAAAAAAAAAAAUUUUUUUAUUUCAAAAAAAGUUUAUAAAAGUUCAAAAAAACGCCCGUAAUUUAAUAAUUUGCAAUGGAGCACAAAAAAUGGUCGCAUUUUGUAAAUGCCCGUACUUUAUAGCAUCCCUCUCAAUUUGGGUUAUCCUCAUUUUUUUAUUUUUUUAGAAAGCUCCAAAAAAAGUUGUUCUGAAUGUGCAAACAUGCAUUAAAACUGUUAAAAUUGAUUUUUUUCAGUAUCUUUCUUUUUUUUUAAUCUUAAAAGCUGUAUCAAAUGAAAAGAAUUUAUUAGAACUGUAAAAAUGGAUUUUUCUGUUUCUGACAUUUUUUUAUAACGACAAAAAGGGGGUCUAAAUAAACAAACAUGUGUUAGAACUGAAAAAAAUGAUUUUCCAGUGUCUUGCGUUUUUUUAAUCUCAAAGGCUGUUUCAAAAAAAAAAGUCAGUAGAACUGUCAAAUAUGGUUUUCCAGUUUCUAUCACAUUUUUUUCAGCAAAACGAGUCCCUGAUCUCCGCCAGCAGCUUUGACAUCAACGAGGAGAGUCUCGCGAGCUUCGACCAAAGUCCUCCCUCGAGUUCCACUGGCCCUCGUCCAGCUCCCAGCUCCGAGGAUCAGGAAUACUCGCCGCCGACGAAAUGGCCGAGGAUCGUGACGCCUCCAACGCGGCGAGCCAUCGGAAAAGUCGUCCCGAUUCCGCCGCCCUUGGAGCCGAAGAACGACGAAGAGAAUGUCGUUUUGGAGAGCGAAGAGAAGCCCGACGAAUCCCUGGACAUGUCCUUUUAUUCGCCGCCGAUUAGUAACAAGGUGAUUAUCAGAGGGAGCAUGAAUCUCUUGAAAUUGGUCUGAUUGAAUUUAAUAUUUGACUUCUUGUUUUUUAGUCGUUCUUUGCCUUGUAAGCUGUUCAGAGUAUUUUAAGGGAAUUUUGUAUAUCAUCAUCAUCAUCAUUUUCUCAAUACGAAUAGUAAUACAGUUCAAGGGCCGAAAAGAUCUCUAACCGAACCAAUUUUCAAAAAGGGGAAUUUAAACAUUGAAAACAGCAACAAACCGUGUAAAAAUUAGAAGAUAUUUUAAAAAGUUCAGCGAGAAGUUUUCUAAAUAGAUUUUGAAUCGCAUAGAAUCUUUACAUAGAUCAAACACAACAUCGGGAACGGAGUUCCAAACUUUAAUUAUUCCAAUACUAAUAAACGAGCCAAUGAUGUUACUAUUCUAAUAUUUAUGAACCUACGAAAUAUUUUUUUAUAGAAUAUAUUUUCGCAAGAUCGAUGUCAUUACAUUUUUCGACCUUUGGAAUAUUUUGAAGUUUGUCAGAUUGGAUUUGAAAACCCAUUUUUGCUUAUUUAAGGUCUUUCAGCUUUGUAAGCUGUUCAGAGUAUUUCAAGGGUCAAAGUAGAGAUUCCGUGUGAAAUUUGUCUAUGCGCCUUUAAAGCGAAAUCAUUAUCGCCAUAGUUUUCCUCGAUUUUUCUUUAUGAACUUUUCAUAAAACAAGGUUAUUGGAGUUUAUAAACGUAUGAUUGGUGUGAUAAUUAUAUAUAAAAUCGAAAACGAGGGUUUUUUUAGAUGAAAAAAAGAUUGAAAAAUUAUUACCUUAUUUACUUUUUUUAAUAUUUUUUUAUAACCGCAAGAGGAAAAAACCUAUAUUCUUCGAUUUUCACCAGUUUUUUUUGUAGUCCAGUUUUUUUCUUUGAUUCAAAUAUAUUGAGCUCAGAAGAUCGGACCCUUAUAAUUAUUGGGUGGGAUGUGAUUGGAAUAUAUCAAUUUUUUUUUAAACUUAAUGUUUUAAAUAAUUUUAUAUAAACAAAGAAACUUGUGAAGUUAGUAUAUAGUCUAUGUACCACGACUUGGAAUCCCAUCGAACGACAUUCCGCUGUUCCGCCGGGCGCCUUUGCGAAUCUCGGUCGCGCUUUCAAUUUUUUUUUUCCAUUUAAAUACUCGCAGUGGAACGAUACAUCUAUGAGCAAUAAAAAUAGUCUGGAAGAUUGAGCUAGAUCCGCAAAGGCAAAGACGCUUCUCUACCGCACGUAGCGGAACGUCGUUCGGUGAAAUUUCAAGUCGUUUCACACAGAGUAUAUUUAAUGUUAAAAAUCUCAAUUUCAAAAAUAAAACCUGUCUUUUUUCACUCUUAUUACUUUGUUUUUUUCUAGGCGAUCCUGAACGAGAGUAGUAAUUCGAGGAUUUUGCCGUUGCGGACGCCCAAAACGACUAGAAGAUCUCAUAAAAUGUUUGCAACCCCGUCUCCUUUUAGGUAUUAUCCCAAAGUUUUCAAAGAGCCCCAAGAAGUUUUUUUCAGGUCAUUAUCAUUUUCAACGCCCACCGUUUCCACAGUGCCACUUCGACUGAGUAACCAGGCAAAUGCGACGAGUUCGUGGAUUUUUCUUGCUCUAGGAGUUCAAAAAUUAAUUUAUAUAAGUGGGAAAUUCGUGAUUUGGAAUCUUGGUUGUACAGUUCCUCGAGAAUUUUAUCAGGAUUGAAAAAAUGAUUUUUUUAAGUGGCAAAUUUGGACUAGAAGUUGAAAAAAGUGCAUAAUUAGGGUCAGAACUCGUUAAGACUUUAGAUUUUAAUUUUUAAAUAUUUAUUUAUUUGGGGAAUUUUGAAAGAAUGAAGCUCAGCAGGGGCUCUACAAGUACUUUCUCCUUAAAAAAAUUUGGAGAAAAUUUUUUUUGGUAAAAAUAAAUUUUCUGCGUUUCACAUGAAUGUGUAUGAGAAAAAUAGGAAAAAAAUCGUUGAAUUUUUUUCUCAACUUUUGCAGAACUUUUUCAUCACUUAUUAGUGAUUUUGAUGUUAGUUUAAGGGAACCUUCAAAUCAAGGAUAGCUUUAAUUUUAUAUGUAUAGUUUUUUUAGGCCUUCAAAAAAAUGUUAUUUAAUAUACCUUUCCAAUAGCUUGUCAGUUCAUAAUCAAAUGCGUUUUCAAAGUUUUCAAAAAUCCUUCAAAACCGUAUAGCAUUCGAUUUUUGACCUUUUCCAAGUCUUCCAAAACAAAAAAGAACUUUCAUCAAGGUGACUGAGAACUGUAGAGGCCAAAGUUAUUUCGGCAACAUGAUACUCCCAAAAAGAGUUGCGCAAGUCACUUGGAACUGUGCAAUACGAUGCGAUUGUUUUCUGGGGCUCCUAUUGACUUGGUCAAUUGCGUCGCCGUCGCACCUUUUGCUUUUUUAUGGCAUUCUUUGACGUCCGACCUGAGUGGCCCAUGUUUGCCUGCUGGGAUUAGCUGAGUGAUGUCGAGUGAAUGGAGUUGGAUAAUCGAAAGUUGUUGGGAGAAGUUAUUUGGGGAGAUUAGGAGUGGAGAAAGUUAUUCAAUUCAAUAGAGGUUCAUUUAUUUCAGAUAGGCUUGAAGAAAAAUUAAAGAAGUUAGAGAGGAAAAAAAACUUUCCGGAAACGUGGGAAACUGAAAUGAAUGUUUAUCUGUUGAAAUAGCUGAAUUGAAUAAUUUUUUAGAGAUAAUUGGUUUUAGAACGAUUUUUAGAAUAGAUAAUGUAAAAGUUUUUCGUUUCUAACAUGCUUCGGAAUAAAUUUUUUCAUGAAUUCGCUCAAAGUAAGAGAUGGGAAACUGUAAUGGCGUGUUAACACGCUGUCUCUGUAGUUUUCAAAAAGUUUCAAAAUUUUAUUUUUUGAUUCUGAUGAAACUUCAUCCAGUGUGACAACCCAUCAUCAGAAAUGCGGACGCAACUUUUUGAGCCAUUUCCUCUUACUGUAGCCGGGUUACGGUAGGCAGGUGGGCACCUGCGUAUCUAAGUAUUGAAGAGUUUUUACUAGGCAAGUGAUAUAUCAAUCGAUAGGUAAUCCAAUUUUUGGAACUUCUAUAGUACAUACCAUCUUUGGUUACUGUAGGAAUUUUCGAGUUACGGUAGUUUUUCUGUUGGGAAAGUCGGUUUUUCGGUCACCCUGGUCGUGGGCAUAGAAUCGCAUCGUAAUUACUCACAUGGAAUAUGUCCUGUAGUAUGUUCUAAACAAUGCCACAAAAAAAGUUCGAAUUUCUAAACCCGUCAUCUCGAGAUUUCACUCCGAACGCGCGCAACUUGGCACCUUGCGACCAGGGUUGGUCGUGGUUGACGAUUUUUCACAUUUUUUUUUCGUUAGAUAUUGGUGAACAAACUCAUAUCUAUUGCUACUUAGAAUAUUUUUGUUACAUAUUUGAUAGCUUUGGAAACUGCGGGGUUGUCGGAAAUUUUUAAAAACCGGUCUUUUCAGAGCGAGUCGCGUUUUUUCAAGCCAAAACAGAGUUCAAAACGACGUUUCGGUCGAACAGGGAGCGUAUAGGUCUCUCCAAACCCCUUCGAAUGUCACAAAACAUACUGUAGUUAUAAUCUAAAAAAGUUUUAAAAAAGAUUUUUCACAGAAAGAAAAAUGUGAAAAAUCGUCAACCACGACCAACCCUGGCCGCAAGGUGCCAAGUUGCGCGCGUUCGGAGUGAAAUCUCGAAAUGACGGGUUUAGAAAUUCUAACUUUUUUUGUGGAAUUGUUUAGAACAUACUACAGGACAUAUUCCAUGAAAGUAAUUACGAUGUGAUUCUAUGCCCACGACCAGGGUGACCGAAAAACCGACUUUCCAAACACAAAAACUACCGUAACUCGAAAAUUCCUACAGUAACCAAAGAUGGUAUGUGCUAUAGAAGUUCCUAAAAUUGGAUUACCUAUCGAUUGAUAUACCAGUUGCCUAGUAAAAACUCUUCACUACUUAGAUACGCAGGUGCCCACCUGCCUACCGUAACCCGGCUACAGUAAGAGGGAAUGGCUCAAAAAGUUGCGUCCGCAUUUCUGAUGAUGGGUUGUCACACUGGAUGAAGUUUCAUCAGAAUCAAAAAAUAAAAUUUUUUUUUGUACCCGUUAUUUCUGACAGUUACAGAGACAGCGGUUUAAUUGGAGAAACGGAACAUGUUUCAAAACCAAAAAAACGUGUUCAUUGGCGCACCAAAGUUGCUCCAAAACAGUAACAAUUUUUGGUUUGGAGCAAUUUACUUGCGCUUCGGAACAAUUUUUGUAUUGUCCGAUGAACACGCCAUAAGUAUCAAAAGAUUAAACUUCAUUACUUUUUCGCCAACGGUAAUAUCUAUUCAUAACAGUUUUAAUGUAAAAUGAAACGGAUCAAGAAAAUUCGAAUUUUUUUUUGCAAAAAUACGCUCUGGGAAAAAAAGUAGUGUCGUGUUCAAGUAAUUUCUGCGAAGUUCAAAAAUUAAUUUGCUUUUAGUUUUUAAGAAAAAUUUGAGAAAAAAUUUACUAUAGUAAAAAAAUGUAUCUUGUUUCACUCUUUGACGGCGGUUUUGAGUUUUGCCAAAUCACUUUGAAUCCGAAGUAAGCUUUAUUUGGUAUAAAAAUAAUGGCUCCAAUUUAUUUUCGGAUAUUUUGUCGCCAAGUUUCAUCGAACCCCUUUUCGAACUAUUGAGGCUUUUUAUUCAUUUUAUAAUUUCCAGAAUUCCGGAUAUCUGGAGGUAGGAUUUCUGAUUCGAUCGACUCGACCUCUACUAACAAUUUAUUGGAUUUCAGGUUUUUUUGAUAAUUUCUAAUAAAUUAUUGUUUAUUCGGAUUCAGGCCCAUUCGACGACUUUCUGAAAAUGUCAACAAAAGUUCGCCGAAAAAGGAAUGCCCCCAGACGCCGAGCAGAUCCAUUUUGGUGAGUAAAAAAAUUUUAAAAAAAGGAAAGAAAAAAAUAGCCUUGAAGUUUUUAGGCUUUCAUGCUCUACGGAGAAAUUUCAAAAAUUUGAGCGAAAAAAAUUUUUCUGAUAAUUUUAAGGAUAAUUCUUAAAUUUUGACUGCUUUUUAUCAGUAGAGCACACAUGUGGCUAACUUUCAGCCUAUAUUACUCAUUUUACUUGGGAGAAAUUCAUGUUAAAUAAUAGCCUCGAAUUUUUUUAUAGAAAUCGUAAAAAUUCUGGAAAGAUUCCUUUAUCUAGUUUCUUUGGGAUCUCGUGGCUUUAAAAAAAGACUUUUUUGGAUUUUUUUUUCAUUUUUUUCCUUCAUACUGCACUCCCUAUUGAAUCCUCCUACUAGUAUCAAAAAUUCCCCUCUGUUUCUUUUAAAAAAUGAUCUUGAACUUUUUCACAAUGCUUAUUUUUCUAUUUUAAAGUCCGGAGAUGGAGCUUUCGAGGGGUUCGAAUGCUUGCCAAACGGAUCGCCGUCGAAAUCGUUUGAGCCUUCGGUUGAGCUCGACGCCGCAGGUUUCAGCCUUGAAGACGUCAAAUCUUACGAAAAUGAACGUUUCAGGAGUGAAAGGUAUCAUUUUUUUUUAUUGAUCAUCGAAGAGAAGUAGGGAAAGGUGUCCUUGGCGGCUUGAAAUAGGGCUUCUAGAGUUAUAAAAUAGCUUUCUAAAAAAUUAAAAAAAUUGAGAAAACUCAAAAAACGAUUUUGUCCAGUUUUCAAUAAGAAGAUUCAAUGGCUGAGUUGAAAAUGGAAAUUUUAGUCGUAACUAAGGAAAAAUGAAGACUACUACGAGUUUUUUGGAUGUCAGGUUGAAAAGUAGCUUAAAAAUGGAGAGAGCAAAAAAAAAAAACAUAUGUGAGAGUUGUGUAGUUUCAAAUUUUCAAUAGGAAUUUCAACUUACUGAAUUUAAGAUGGGGUGUAAAUAGAUUAUUGAGCUGUAACUGAAAAAAAUUAAUAACACUGCGAAUUUUUUGGAUGCCAGGUUGAAAAGUAGCUUAAAAAUGGAGAGAGAAAAAAAACAUAUGUGAGAGUUGUGUAGUUUUAAAUUUUCAGUAGGAAUUUCAACUGAUCGAAUUUAAGAUGUUAACUUUAACCGAAAAGAAAAAGAGAAAUCAUGACGAGAGAAUUUUAUUGAUUUUUUUCCUCUACCCUAUUCAAAGUUGAACUUCCAGAGAAACGCCGACGCUGACGCCAUCGACGAAAAGAAACCGACGGUCGGUCGGAGAUUUGAUGUUUUGCGGUGGAGUUCGAUCUCCGGAGGAGAAAUCCAACAGCCCGAUCCCUUCAACCUACGAUUUUUCCCUCUCUAACCAGCCUAUCGAAGUUUGAAUCGAGUUGAAUUGACUUAAUUUGUCCGUUGCGGUUUAGAAGGAACCCACUGUGAAGGUCAAGAAGAAAGAGGAAGAGAUUUUGAGGCCGGCAAAGCUUGAAGGACCUUUCAGGACGCCGAGGAAGCUGCCGAGAUUGGUAGGUUUUUGGUCUUAAAGAUGCUCCGGAUGACGAAUUAUGAGUUGCUUUUUGAGGAUUCGAGCGCAACUCGUUUUAAGUCGGGUGCACUUGAAGUCAAGAAAAAUUGAGUUCUUUUAACUAGCAUUUUCUUAUGAGCCAAUAGAAAAAAAGUAUGUGAAGACUGGAAAAUUUUGAUGUUAAAUUUCCAAUUUGUAAAGGAAAAUAACGCGUAAUCCGAAAUGUGAACUUGAAAAAAAUACAGCAAAUUCAAAUUUUUUUAACUUAUUUUUGAAUCUUUUUAUAGUUGGGUUGACUUCAAAAAGUUAACAAUAAUCGGUUUUUUUUUUGUCUUUUUCAGUCAUCAAUUUGAGGCUGAAUAAUUAUUUUCCUAUGAUAGUGGAAUUUCCUGGUUUUUUUCCUAUGGUAGUCUCUGAAUGUCGAAAGAUUUUCUUGAAAUGUCAUUUUUCUAUAUUUUCAAAGUUUUGAUGUUGUGAUUGAUAAGUUUGACUGGAAUCGAUAAAAAAGAACACGUAGUUUUUCUUGAUAACAUUAUCCAGGUGAGACCUUUUAAAAAAUUUUUUUUGAAAUUUUGGUUUAGUUUCGGUUGUUUUGAGAAUCAGUUUUUGAAGAAAAAAAAAAUCGAGUUUUAAAUUCGGAUUUAGUAGAUUUCUUUUAACCUCGAUGUAAUAUAGGUUUUGUCAAUCAAGGUUCAUUUUUUCAGUACUCCCAUCGUUGGAUGCAAAUCGCGACAGGCGGUACGACGGCCCAACAAGAACUGACCGCACAGGCCUACGCCUACUUGAAAUCCCGAAAAUCGUUGAAGCGGAAAAGUGAUGAAACCGAGCUGACUUCCACCCAGCUUUAG